GCCAUCCCUUCAACACCCCUCCACCCUCUCUGCAUUCUUUGCGAGCCGUGUGGCCAGUGUACAACCGCAUCAAUUGCAUUUCCCCGGCGUUGCCCACACACUCUCUCAUGCUCUGAUCGACAAGGCGUGUCUUGCGCGAAGCUGAACCGGCGGCCAACCACCCCCCUCCUGCUAGCUGUCCGGGAUUACGCAACAUGUCGCAAAGCGGCGAUGACUUGAACGUCCCCAUCCUCAACCUCACCGCGCAAGAAAAGACCGCAUACUCCUACCUCUUCGGCCUCGCGGAUGCCGACUCCCUCAACAUCGUCACCGGCGAGCGCGCCGUCUCCUUCUUCGAGAAGACUCACGUCCCCGAAGCCGUCCUGGGAGAAGCAUGGCAGAUUGCGGACACGGAGAACCGGGGCUUCCUCACCAAGCCCGGCUUCUGCAUGGUGCUGCGCUUGAUCGGGUGGUACCAGAAUGGCCAGCGUCAUCCCUCCACCGAGCUCGCCUUCAAACCCGCGCCUCUACCCGUUUUCGACGGCAUGACCCUCCCCGGCGCCACCGCCAGCCCGUCUGCGUCUCCCAUACCCGGCGCUCCCCUGCAGCCGCAGCUUUCCGGCCAGACAACCGGAGGCGCGCCAAUACGCGUCCCACCACUCGAUCCCACAAAAGUGCAGCAAUACUCGGCGUUGUUUGGCAGAUCAGGCGCGCAGAAUGGACUCCUCGCGGGACCGACUGCCAAGAGCAUCUUUGAGAAAGCCGGGCUUCCCAAUGAGACUCUCGGAAAGAUCUGGAUGCUUGCCGAUCGCGACCAGAGGGGCGCCCUGGACGAGACCGACUUCAUCGUUGCCAUGCAUCUUCUGACCAGCGUCAAGACGCGCACCAUGACGGGGCUCCCCGCCUCCUUGCCGCCUGGGCUCUACGAAGCUGCUUCCCGGCGUGGCCAGAGACCCCCCAGCAGGCAGACAUCGAUUCAGUCCACGGUCAUUCCGAGGCAAUUGACAGGCAACGCUGGCAGUACCAUUCCCCGAACCCAAAGUCCUCUCGCCAGGCCCCCCAGCUCGAGCUACUCCACCCCGCCGAUCCAGUCUGCCCAGCCGACCGGGGCGCAUUGGCUCGUCACGCAGCAGGAAAAGGCGCAAUAUGAUCAGUUCUUCAGCACGAUAGACACUUCGGGACAAGGACUCAUCUCAGGUGAGCAGGCGGUCCGCUUCUUUUCCGAUUCACGACUGCCAGAAGACACAUUGGCGUCGAUCUGGGAUCUCGCAGACAUCAAGAGCGAAGGUCAUCUUAAUCGAGACGAAUUCGCCGUGGCCAUGUAUCUGAUUCGACAACAACGUGCACCCAAUGCCGCUCCAUUGCCAGCCUUUUUACCCUCGGCACUCGUGCCACCGAGCAUGCGCGGGCCACAACAAAUCCAGCAAGCCCAGCGCGACAUUCAGCAACCUUCAGCAUUCGCCGCUCCUGUCCAGUCGCCUCCCCGAUCCAAGUCUGCCGCAGACGACCUCUUUGGACUCGACGAACCCAGUCAAGCCACUCCCACCCAGGGCACACCUGUUUUGCAGCCGCAAGGCACCGGGGCGUCUGCUAGUCGCGAUCCAUUUGCUGGAAGUCAACCCGGAACCCCUUCCAGUCCGUCGCGAAGCUUCCAGCCCUCGCAAAGCACCAGCAGCACGUUCAAGCCUUUUAUCCCCACAUCUGCAUUUGGGGCCAGCCUGGCUGCCGAGAAUAGAGGCGGCUCGGGGACACCACCUGUGCAAGGUCAACAAUCACCCCGUGGCCCAGCUGCACCUAUGCCCAGCAAUUUCGACGACUUACUCGGCGAGAACGACACACAUGCUCAAGAGAGCCGCAGUAUCACCAAUGACUCGACAGAGCUGGCCAACAUGAGCAACCAGAUUGGGAAUCUGAGGAAUCAAAUGGAAACCACCCAGACCAAGAGGACUGCCACUGCGGCCGAACUGAACGCCACCAGCGCGCAAAAGAAAGAUCUGGAGCAGAGGCUGCAGCAAUUCAGGACGCAGUACGAGGCUGAAGUGCGUGCGGUCAAGGACAUGGAGCAGCAAUUGACUGCAUCGCGCGAAUCCACAAAGAAGCUUGGCCAGGAUUUGGCCUUGCUGCAAGGCACACAUCAAGACCUCCAGACUCAGCAUAACACACUCAGCCAGCAAUUGCAGGCGGAUCAACAGGAGAAUGCAAGCUUGAAGCAACGAAUCGGCCAGAUCAAUGCUGAAGUGACGCAGCUCAAGCCGCAGAUUGAGAAGAUGAAGAUGGAUGCGCGACAACAAAAGGGACUGGUCAGCAUCAACAAGAAACAACUCGCGACCAACGAAGCCGAGCGCGACCGAUUACAAACCGAGAAAGCAGACCUGGAGCGCAGUGCGGCGGAGCAGUCACGCAGCCUUGCUUCAAGUCCGGAGCCGGUCGCUGCAAGCCCCGUGGUGAGCCCGGCGGCCAGCGUCGUUUCCAUGAAUCCUUUCCUUCGGAGGACAAACACUACCGAAGCGACGGCGAGUCCUGGUCCGUCCGCCCCCAAUCCGAGUGCAUUUGACUCCAUCUUUGGCCCAUCUACCGCGUUCGCGCCCACUGGUCAGACAAAUAGUAGAUCUGGCACGCCGCCUGUCACGAGCUUCAUUGGGAGAUCGAUGCCUGAAGCGGGCACCGUAGCUGCUGUUGGUGCUGGAGCCGCUGCAGUGGGUGCGGCGGCAAUCGGUGGUGCGGCCCUUGCAGAGUCGAAGUCAUCCGCUGGCGAGCCAGCCCUUUCUGCUACCCCGUCGCUCAGCGAUCGCACCCGAGAGCCUCCAGUGGUUUCAGCCGAGCCUCCACCUCCCCCGGAAGGUAGCCAAUUCACUCCCACCAACCUGCCUCUCAGCAAUAGUGCCUUUGCUGAUAGUGGCAAGGCUGAGAGCGUCGCAAGCUCCACCCGGGUCAUUCCUCCUGCGAGUCGUGCCGGUGGUGUCGAAACGCCGAGAGAGGCUGCUUCCAGUCCACUUCCUUGGGCCACUUCGACGGCGAGUACGGCCAGCGCGUUCGCACCCGAACAGACGGAACAUGAGACCAUCCCGGGCGCAUUCCCUGCGGAAGAUCGUAAUCCCAGCAUCGCUGCUCAGGAAGUUGCGUCGUCGAACGAGCCUUCGCAGAAUGCUACCCCUACGCCGCCGCCGCCGCCACCUCAGGCCAAGCCGGCAGACGACUUUGACUCUGCAUUUGCGAGCUUUGGAGAGGGUGACAAGUCAAGGGAUGCCGAUGCGAGCAAUCAUCCCUUCUCCUCGAGCUCGAGCGUACCAGCCAAGCCCGCCGACCCGGAGUUCCCCCCCAUUCAGGAUUUGGGAGGGGACGAGAGUGACACUGAUGACGAUGGCGAAAGGGGAUUUGGUGACGAUUUUGGCGCUCCUUCGCAUAGUGGGGCUGUUGCGCCGGCAUCUGCUGUUGGGGGUACAUCCACGGCGGCGGUGGGCGAGGCGCCCGACAUCUCCAAGGACGCAUCUCCACCCACCUAUGAGAAUAUUGGAGAUGCACCGGCUGGAACCAUCGGUCACCCCACGAGUCCUAACAGCUUUCCCCGCGAGUAUGGGAAUCUGCUGCCCGCGAGGGAAGAUCCGACCUCCCCGCCGCCGCCACCUGAAAAUCAGGCCGUAGCAGGGCCGCCCGACAUUGUUAGCCCCGUGCCGCAACGUAUUGAAACGCAGCCUCAGCUACAGGCUGAGGAUGGUGACGCAUUCGUCGAUGCGUCAAGUCGGCCCAUGAGUAGCCAUGCGGAAGUGCCAUCAUUGGCACAAGCCGCACCGGCCCCGACUGCCCAGAAGAGCGUGUUUGAUGAGUUCGAUGACUUCCACGAUCUGUCUGAAGCGCAAGAACACGACCGCUCCGGCAACGACUUGGACUUCUUUGGCAGGCAGAGCCAUGACGAGUUCAAUCCUGCGUUCGACAGCCCUGCUGCGAGCCAGACGCCGACUCCUAUGAAGAGUCUGUCGACUGCUGCUGACAGCAACGGCUUUGGCAACUUCGCGCCCAGCGCCAGCACCAGCAGUGCCUUUGCUCCUGCUGUCUCCACCAGCAGUGCUUUUGCUCCUGCCGCCUCCACCAACAGCGUGCAGCAAACCCCGGAGAAUACGCAGCAUGAUUGGGAUGCCAUCUUCUCCGGCUUGGACAGCAACAAGCCCGUUGCGGGCACCAACAACACUGCCUUUGCGAGCUCCAACGACGACACGAUCUGGCAGCCGCCUCCCGGCCCACCACCUGGUCGAGCUCCGAUCGGGACAAAUGGCAACACCGCGUCCUCCGUCGUCUCGCCCACGCCUCAAACUGCAACCGCCGCGAAGGCCGCGCGCCCGAACUUGGGCAGGGCCAUUACGCCCGGCACGGAGCAUGACGAUCCGAUUCUCAAACGCUUGACGGGCAUGGGCUACUCACGGACGGAUGCCUUGCGGGCAUUGGAGAGGUAUGAUUAUGAUAUUAAUAAGGUGAGACUCUCCAUUUCCCAUGUCAGUGACACGUGCUUUGUUUGCUGACGAGAUGCAUAGGCUGUGGAUCAUCUUUCCCAU